ACCGUAUAAUAGUUUUAUUUUUACUUUGUUUUCUAUUUACCUUUAAAAUUAUCUAUUUGGUUUGGUUGUUCGCACUUAUAAAUCGUUAAAGCAAAUGGAAAAAUGAAUGUAUUAAAUGUUUAAUCUAUAUAUUAAAGAAAACAAUAAAAAAAAUAUUAAUGUUCUAUGUUGAGAAUUUUAAAAACACCCAAAUUUCAACAUUAUUGUUGAUCGUCUUUUGUCACUGGAGAAAUCUUAUAAUGUCCUCUUUCGGUCGUGAUAAAAUCGAAUGAAAAAGUAUAAAAUAUGGACGAGGAAGACUGUGUAGGUUGCAUCAGUUGCAUGAGCACAAACGAUUUAUGCGACCUGUUUGCUGUAUAUGCUGAUAAUGAUGAAACUUAUGCGAAAAUGUUUGAAACCUGCUUUGAUAUCAAGGUAACAUCAGAUUUAAAAUACAUAUGUGCUAUAUGUGCAGAAAAUUUAGAGAAAGCAACUGCUUUCAAGGAGCAAACCAUAAAAAAUAUGUCUGUUCUUCAGAAUCUAAAAGAUGAAGAAUAUUUAGAUGAAGCAAUGCUGGAGGAAGAGGACUGUGCCAGUUCAGGUAAUUCUAAAACUAAAGGGUCGAGAAAACAUAAUUCGGGAAAUGGUGAUGAUGAUUCUGUAUAUGCUAAGUCUUUGAGACACACAAAAACAAAGGCUGAAAGAAGAAUUGUGGGCCUAACAGCAGCUUUACCACUUCUUCCUUCUGAGAAUAUUCGGGAGGCUUUUGAAUAUGUCAAAUCCGAAUGUAUUGUCGAUUUGAAUAAAUUCGUCAAUUAUAUACAAAAAGAUUUUGGCUCAACGUACAUUUACCUGCGAUUUUUAGCGACGAAUAACGUUCUCGAAGUGAUAAAUCCAUCACUGAUCCACCGCUUUUCGUACGGUGGUUUCAUGGGAACUACUAAAAUAGAACUAUUGAUACCACUGGUACACUGUUAUAUAGAUUUGAAGACUGGGGUGCCAUGGGUCCGAAUAAAAGUUCCCAUGGCACCCCCAGGGGUGUCCUCCAGGGGAGCCUUGGGUCCGGAAGGCAUCAAAGUACUAGGUAGAUGCCUAAGGUUACAAAGUUCUAUUGCGCUUACCCCCCUUGCCCACAAAGGCAAUCAUGAUGAUAUAGACGACGAGCACGCAAUCCAAGCUUUAGACGAGACCACCUGCAUAUAUUGUUCGCUGCAGUUACCGACAGCUGAACUGGUUGCGGCUCACAUACGUAGUGCACACGAGCUAUCUCCACGCACUGGUCGAAGGCUGCGUGAGUGUACACACUGCGGAUUAGCGAUGCCUGAUCCUGCACAACAUAUGGAUAGGUACGUUUAUCGUCUGGUCUCCUUCACUAGCAGAGGGUACAUAAGGGUUUUGGAGGCCUACGGUGAUGGAGAAGAGUCCCAUACCCACCCGCCGCUCGCCAGGCGGCAAGGAUCUAUAAAGUCAGAGAUUGAGGGCAAGAAAUAUCCGUGUCACUUCUGCGACAACAUUUACAACAGCAAGAAGGCAUGCUUCACACACUUGAGGAUGAAACAUGGCUUGAAACUGUGCACCGAUCAGACGCCCAAGUAUAUUCCCAAGGAACGCAAGAAGUGUCAUAUGUGCAACAGAGAUUUUAGUCAGAAGCAAAUAUUGAAUAAACACCUAUGGAAAGCUCACGGGUUUGAGGUGGAAAAACGUAAAGCGUUUAUUUGCCCUUUAUGCGAUGAACGCGUCAGCUACGGGUCACACUUCAGUGCUCACCUGUUACACGCACACCGAGUGUACGAGCAGGUGGAGGAGCUGGAGUUCUUCAAUGUAGAUGGCGUCUACGUGUACCAGGUUAAAUGUUGGCAUAAACACACAAAACUUCAUUCACUUCAAGAAUUAGAAAGUAUUAGUCAGUGGCGGUAUUACUACUUGAUAUUGUGUUUACACCCCGUACAGGUGGCGGACCCCCCCCCCCCCCCAUUCCCCUCCCUUAGUCCGCCGCUGGGUAAAGGUAAGCGUCCAGCGCCGGAGCGACAGAUAUACAAGACUGGUAAAGCUUGUCCAGCGCACAUGAUUGUAACAGAAACCAUGGAUAGAGUUCUCGUCACAUUCUACAAAACGCACGUCGGUCACGGUCCUUGUCCAUACUUCGAGCCGCGCGAACCAAAGAAACCAAAAACUGGACACAUGAUGACACUGGAGGACACAGAGGUGAAGACCGAGGAUGAGAUCAAGAAUGACGACGACGCCAACGAUGGUGAGGGAUCGUGGAUGUGUGACACGUGUGGUGUCGGGUUCGAUGAAGAAUGUAAAUUCCGUGAACACGUCGCCGCACACAACCUCAAUCUGUUCCCAUGCCAGUACUGCGACGAGGUAUCAUUUUAUUAA